AUGGUUAUCAAAAGUCGUUAUCCUGAGCUGAACCUCCCGAGCGUUGACAUAUACACUUUCUUGUUCAAGCGCAAGGACAGGAAAUUCCCAGAUGAACACCGCAAGUCUCACUCUCCCUCGAGAACAAUCUUCCGCGAUGGGCCAACCAACAAGACAUACACUUUUGGGGAAUUGCGGCAGCUGGCUGAAACCUUUGGGAAAGGAUUAAGAUCUCAAUACGAUUGGCAAAAGGGCGAUGUGCUCGCCAUCUCAUCAGCCAGCGACAUAGACAUGCCGCCCAUCAUAUUUGGUGCUCUCUGGGCAGGUGCAACCGUUUCAACUGCAAAUCCAGGCUACACGUUCACAGAACUUUCUCACCAGCUCCGUGACAGCGGCGCCAAAGCCAUCGUCACCCACUACUCCAAUAUCGAGGCUGUCAGGAAGGCAUGCAGUGCCGUUGGCAUUCCAGAAGACCAUAUCAUCAUCUUGGGGAACCGGAAAGACCCAACUGGCCGCUUCAAGCACUGGACGAACGUCCGUAACCUGGCCAACACAGCACGGUUUGUGGCGCGUAAGAUCGACCCCAGAAAAGAUGCAGCGUUUCUUGUCUAUUCGUCCGGUACUACUGGCAAGCCAAAGGGCGUUAAGCUAUCUCAUUAUAACAUCAUCUCGAAUAUUCUCCAACUACAAGCCGCGGAAAAUUACAAUCUCACCUGGGAUGGGAGCCGAACUUCCAGAGACAUUUCUCUGCCAGAACCUGGGACAGGUGGUGAUAAAGUCCUGGCUUGUCUGCCGUUCUUCCACAUCUACGGUCUAACGGUUCUCGUUCACAGCCCCGUCUACUCAGGUGUUACUACUGUCGUGCUCUCCAAAUUCGAAGUCGAAGCAUGGUGCUAUUUGGUACAGAAACACAAAGUCACGUACUCGUACAUUGUGCCUCCGAUCGUCCUGCACCUAGCAAAGCACCCCUCUGUCUCUUCCUACGACCUAUCCAGUCUGCGUAUGACACAAUCUGGCGCCGCGCCUCUAACUCGCGAGCUUAUUGAGCAAGUUUUCAAGCGUGUCGGUGUUCGCAUAAAGCAGGGCUAUGGCCUCUCCGAGACCAGUCCCUGUCUAUAUCAAGGCUCCUGGGAUGCGUGGGACGUUGACAUUGGCAGCGUUGGUGCGCUACUGCCCAACGUCGAAGUCAAGAUUUGCGAGCCAUUCGAUAGUUCCAGUAGCGACUUCGGAAAUAGCACCCCUCGCGAGCUCGAACAGGGAGACGUUGGAGAGCUGCACGUCAAAGGGCCGAACGUGUUCAGUGGGUACCAUAGGAACCCUGAUGCUACGGCUGAGUGUCUUUCUGCCGAUGGGUGGUUCCGUACGGGAGACGUAGGACUCAUCAAUGAGCGCGGCAAUCUCUUUAUCACGGACCGUGUGAAAGAGCUGAUAAAGUACAAGGGGUUUCAAGUUCCGCCUGCUGAGCUUGAAGGCUACCUGCACGACUUCCCUGGCGUGAUCGACUGUGCGGUCGUGGGUGUGUACAAUAAAGAGAUGGCAACGGAGGUUCCACGAGCGUACGUUGUGACGGAGUAUACGUCUAACCCGAUCAAUAUCGCGGAGUUGCAGCAGUGGUUUAGUAGCCGGGUAGCUAACCAUAAGAGGUUGAGGGGAGGAAUCAGGUUAGUAAAGCAGAUUCCGAAGAAUGCGAGUGGGAAGAUCUUGAGAAAGAAUUUGAAAGAUAAGGCGAGGGCGGAGUACGACACGGAAGUAAGAAUGGCUAAGGGAGCGAGAUUGUAA